AUGUCCUACCACUUGCAGUCGCAUUACGUGCGACAUGUGUGCCGGCUGUGCGGACACACGGAAGCGAGUACCCGUCUAGCACAAGUGCACGCACAACAACACCUUCCCAAGAAACCGUCCAGCGCACUCAUCAACAUAGGCGACGUCGCGAUCGCGAACGAGGAUCUCAUGAAAGAAAUGAACGAAGAAGUCUCGACAUCUAACACACCCUCGCCUGCGUAUAAGUGUUUAGAAUGUGAUAUGUUCUUCCAGACAAGCAAGACGCGAAAAGCCCACGUGGCGAAAUACCACAAUAGACACUCCCCGAGUCUGGAGUGCGAUCUUUGUAAUAAACUAUUCGCAAAUAAGUAUACCCUCAUCAGGCAUCUCAGAUUGCACGAAGGCCCCCUACCACAAAAAGAGUGCCCCAUCUGCCAGAAACUGGUGCGCGUGAUCGAUCUCAAGUACCAUGUAAAGCGUCACCAAACCAAAGGCCGUUUCGAGUGUCGCGACUGUAAGAAAGUGUUCUCGCAUAUCUCUACCUACCAAGGACAUCUCAAAUACACCAGGGCGCACGCUUCUGACCACGUGUUCAAGUAA